AUGGACGUGAAGCAGGCUCCCCGGCCGACGCGUCCGCCGCGUCCGCCGCCUCGUUUGCGCGUCAAGACCGGCUGUCAAACGUGCCUCAAGCGCCGCAAGAAAUGCCCCGAGAACCGACCGGUAUGUGCAACUUGUGAACGGCUCCAUCUCCCUUGUGUCUACCGGGAGUCAGCACCGCCCGCGGCGACUGACCUUGUCCGAGUAAGGGCGCAAGCUGUAUCCGGUGUAGGGGCGAAUCCGCCCGUGCUUUUACCUCUGACAGCCUCAUUGAGCAUCCGACCCGAGGGACUGAGAACGGAGCGCGACUGGAACGUGUUCCACUAUUGUGCGACCAAGUACAUGAACGUGAUAACGUCACCAGAAUCUCGAGCCAAGUUUCGAGACUUGUCCUUCGUCUUCGUUGUCGGCUACGACAAGCCAUGGGUCGUGCAUGCCGCCCUUGCACCCGCCGCGCUCCACGCCUCAUUCUCUUCCUUGAUCACCAAAGAGGACGCCGUGCUCUACUCCCAGAGUGCCAUUCGGGGGCUACGACAGUCUCUCCUGCCAUCGGGACCUGCAACUCUUCGUCGGGAUCCCUGUCUUGCGACCUCUUUGUUCCUCGCUGAUUUCUAUUCGUCGCCCUUCAAUGCGGGCUUGACGCACUUUCAAGCCAUAGCGCAGAUACUGGAGGCCCAGUUUGCUGCUUCGUCUCGCCUCGACAUCAAGUCGCUGUCGAUCCUGCACUUGAGUCUACUCGACGCGACCUUAUAUCACCUCUCCACCAGACUGAUUCUGGAGAAAGACAUUGAUGCUAUCUGGGACGCCUUCCCGUCAGCAACGGUCCGCAAAUACAUCGAGGGACAUGAACGUGAAGCGAGAGAUGUCCACGGCCAGCGACCAAUCUUACCCGUGCUCGGUAGGACACCGCCCGCUUUAUUCGUCCUAAUCUUCCAGGUCACCUUGCUGAGCCGCCAACUCCCGGCUCCUGGGGAUGAGCACCACGGGCACGCUUUCCACUACUUGAUCGAACUAGACCGCAUCCAAGAUAGCUACCCUAUUGUCCGCAGCGAUGCAAAUACGGCCUGGGACGCUCAUGGGACCGCCGCUUCUCAUAACACCGAGCUUGCGGCGAAGCUCUACUUCCUCGCCGCCAGAAUAUUUGUGGCCAAGGUCGUUAAUCCCAAGGGAACCACUUCUACGUCACUCCAAAUCCAGACUUUGCUUGUGAAGGGAAUGGCCUUGCUGGAACUGUUCGAUACGACUGUGUCUUGCGGACAAUUCAUUUGCUGGCCUCUGUUAAUCUUGGGCUGUGCAGCAUGUGCAACAACCGGUUCAGAAGCUGUACAAUGUGGCGAUGAGCUUGAGGUCCACCGUGGGCAGAUGCGACGUCUUAUCCGGGAAAGACUCCAGCAGAUCUGGAAUGUCUCAUAUUCAGGCUAUGUGCAGAGAACCUUGGGCGCCCUCGAAAAGGUCUGGAAGCUGCCCAGUAUCAUUGCGCGGACACCUACAACUGGGUCUCAACUUCGCGGCGUAGAAGUGGUAUAUGACGGACUCCAGGCACUGCUUUCCAAAAAUGGCCUUGGAGUCGCCUUUCCCGCAGGCAAUUCCAGAGAUGGAGAUAGAAGACGCUUUUGCCCGCACUCAUGCUUUUAA